GUAAUUAAUUUUUAAAAAUAAGAAAUAAAAAAUUUCAAUAUUUCCCUUUUUUCAUAAAUAGCUUUUUUUUAUUUUUUCUCUUUUACAUGAAAAUGUUCCCAACAGAUGUCUCUGCAGUUUAUUUUGCUUCACGUGAAAUUUGUGUAAUCGUGCAAAGGUAACUUGUAAACCCGUUCCCAGGUAGCUAUAUUACCAUCAAUUUGUCAAAUGAAUUCGAAUACGCUUAAUCAGAAGUCAUUCAUACCAACACCACCGGAGAAGGGCAGUUUUCCACUUGAUCACGAAAGCAUUUGUAAAAAAUACUAUCUGCUGUACAUGAGCUGUUUGCGUCGAAACAACGAUAACAACUCCAAGUGUCGCCAAGAAGCUAAAGAAUACUUAGGUUGUCGCAUGCAAAACAAUUUGAUGGAGCAAACCCAGUGGUCCAAGCUGGGCUUUGAAGACGAGAGUAAAACAAAAACCAAGGACAAUAACAGAAACUAAUUGCAAUAAACCAAAUAAAACUCAAUAAAUAUCAAAAUAAGAUUUAAUAAAUAUUCGAAGCAACCAAAUAGAAGCUAUGAUGAGACCUCAAAAGAACAUACUAAUCGGUGUCACAGGAAGUGUGGCGACUAUCAAACUGCCAUUGCUAAUUGAAAAAAUACAAGAAUACGAGAAAGACUAUACCAUAAAUAUAAAAAUUGUCCCCACAGAGCACGCUAGACAUUUUUUCGAGAGUACGCUUUUGCCUGCAAAGGUGAAAAUAUUGAUUGAUGUCGCCGAGUGGUCAAUGUGGCAAAAAAGAGGUGAUCCUGUAUUACAUAUUGAUUUGGGCAAAUGGGCAGAUCUCUUACUAAUCGCACCGCUCAGCGCAAACACAUUGGCUAAAAUAGCAACGGGUAUAUGCGACAACUUACUUACUUGUGUGGUACGCGCCUGGGACCUCCACAAGCCGUUACUCUUCUGUCCAGCAAUGAAUACUCGUAUGUACGACCACCCUCUGACAUACGAACAAAUAAGCAAACUUAAGUCUUGGGGAUACACCGAAAUACCUUGUAUAUCAAAGAUGUUGAUGUGCGGUGACACGGGCAAUGGGGCAAUGGCAGAAGUGUCUACAAUCGUUGAACGAUUAAAACCCUUUUUAGAGAAAUCAUAGCUUCCAAGUUUCACACCUAUGUGCAUACACAAUUAGAUGUAUUUAGAUAAGAAUUACAAAUAUUUGGGUACAUGCGUACUGCAAAGUGACGUCAUUCAUCACCGGUGAAUAAUUUC